AUGGACAAGAUCUGGCGUAAUGAUGGCGAUGACGUGGCCACCUUCCUGUGGUUCUAUCACGCCAAGCACUUCAUGGUCUUCAACCUGAGCGGUGAGGAGUACGACUAUGCCAAGUUUGACAACAGGGUGCUCGACUUUGGCUUCCCCGACCACAGCGCGUGUCCGUUGGCCCUCCUCUUCCAGAUCGUGGAGGCCAUGAAGAAGUGGCUGAGCGAAGACGAGGAGAACGUGGCCGUCGCGGCGCUUAAAUUCUUUGCAGAGGCGCGAUCGGCCACGGCCGCCGGAGUGCUGACACCCUCGCAGAUCCGCUAUGCCCACUACGCCAACGAGAUCUACAGAGGUCGGAUAGACCCUCCCUUUGCCAAGGAACGACCACUCGUCUUGAAGAAGAUCGUCAUCAGCCCCUUCCCCGUCAUCCCUGACGCAGACGACGUGCAGCGGAUGGGCGGCUGGGAGCCGGUGAUCAAGGUGCUCACGCUGCAGGGUCACCACAAGGAGAAGAACAACGAGCGCCUCCUCUAUUCUUCGGACUACCACCCGACCAAGCUCUACUACAGCAAACCGGGGAACAUCCGAGUUGUGAGGUGGCACCGAAUCCUGUGCGAUGCGCCCGUUCUCAGGCUGUGUUGUGUUGCGGCCACAAGGGAGGUGGACAACGGGACGGUGAACCAGGAGAAGGAGCGGAUACGCAGCAAGCUGAAGCAAAGAGAGAAGAUCGUGGUCGACAUUACCAAGGGCUGCUUCGUGCGGGGCGACAUCCAGCUCAAGUUCUUCCACCAGGCCAGCAGCCGCAUCAGCUUCGCGCGCAUCCUCAAGAGCGGCUACCUCAAGCCGGUCGAGGUCCUUUCUACCGCCCUGUCCAAGAAGUACCCCUACAUCUGCCUGUUCCGGCUCUCCUUCCACACGUCGUUCGUCGGGCGACAGCUCAACGAGAUCAUCGCCAAGCAGCAGCGCGAAAGCGGCGGCGGGGCCGUGACGACCGAGAGCAUGGGUGAAUCCUACGACGGCGGCAACGGCACCGUGUCGUGGACCCUGCGCAAGGAGGAGCUCGACGCCAUGUUCUCCGGCCCGGCCCACACCAAGAUGCUUCCAGACGACUUUGCGAUCAAGCUCGUCUUUGGCUACCCUGACGCCUCAGAUGAUACGCCCGGACUCCGUUCUUCGACAUCGCCCGCCUCUUCUUCUUCCUCCUCACCAUCGUCGUCGCCAUCUUCAUCAGCGAAUGCUUCGUCGAUGCGUGGCUCGGGUGGAUCGCGAUCGACGCCCAACCUGCCGCCGCUCCCGGCGCUGCCCUCUGUUGACGGGGCCACGUCGGCCGUGGCCUCCCUCGCCCUGUCGCCGCGCGGCCCCGAACAGCGGGAGAAGCUGGCCCAGCGCCGCACGGGUGACGGCCGCCCGAACGCCCGAGCUACCGUCAAUUUCUCCGGCGGCGGCAAGUACAAGGAGGCCGAGCACCAGCCACCGUCCUCGCGAGGCCAGCGCGGCACCAUCUCCUAUUCCUCCAUCAAGCGGCAUGCCACAGGACCCCUUCAGAAUGAAAGAAAGGCGCAGGAGCGGUCGAUCGAUUUUGAGGACAUCUUCUUGAAGACGCCUACUCCGUCUUCUACGGCUUCGUCGCGGGACCACUCCGAGCAACGCAUAUCUGAAUCGACCGAGCCCACGUUCCCACCGGCCUCGGCGAUGCGCCGCCGCAGCUCUCUGCCGUCCAACUCGGCGCAGCAUGCCGCCGACGCUGCAGCUGAGACGGCCGCCGUGCAUAAAAAAUCGGUCACCCCGUCGCCCCCGAGGCCCAACCCUUCCGCCAGGCCCGACGCGCCCACCCAGACGCGCGGCUCUUGGCAGCCACCGGCCGAGCGUGAUGUGAGCCCGACGCAUCGCGUCGAAAUCAUGACUUCCACGCCAGCACUCACGAGUUCUCUCCACUCGCCGCUCCGCCCCACGCCACCGUCUUCCUCCUCCUCCUCCUCCUUCUCCUCGUUGCCGCAGUUCUCUACCUCCCCGCCGGCCUCGAUGACGCCACCCGGCUCAGGAGGGUCCAUGUCGAGCAACGGGCAGGCCACGGCCUACGCCUAUCCGCCAUCGGCCAUUGCCGCAGCUGCGGCCAGCCACAACCGACAGUCGCUGCUCCAGUCCUACCCGUCGACGCACCCCGUCCUCACCCCGACGCCCGCCGGCCUCGUGGCGCCCGUCUCCGCUCCGGCCCACACCGCGGUGCCCUCGCCGGCCCACACCGCGGUGCUCACGCCUACGCCAUCGCUCCCGGCCAUGGGCGGAGGCGGCCCCCCGCCGACCCACCCCCACUCCGCCCCCGCGCAAUUCGUUGCUGGCGCCGGUGACGGCAGCGGCAGCGCCCAGCUUCACAUGCCGCUCACGCCCGUGUCUGUCCGGCCUGGCGCCAGCAACCCGCCGCAGCCGCAGCCGCUCAACAACUCAUCGGGCGUGUCACCGGUGCGCGCGAGCAUGGCCGUGGGCCAUGGCCACGUCCCGCUUCAGCCCACGCCCGCUACGCUCGGCAACGGCAGCGGAAACAGCCAUGGCAAUGGCAAUGUCGGCCAGCUCCCGUCCUACGCUCAUCACCCCCAGCAGCCGCAGCCGCAGCACCAGCAGCACUUCUUCGCGCUGCAUGCGCCGCUGCAGCCGGUGCCGGUCCUGCAUCAGGACUUCACCAGUCGGCUGCCGCCCGUCCGCUUUCCGCCGGCGUCAUCGGCACAGGCCAUCGACGAGGCCCAGCGCGAGCGCAUCCGACAGCAGAUCAUCGCUGAGCGGCAGCGCGCGCUCUAUCCGCAGCAGCCGCAGACGCAGCCGUCACAAACGCAAUCGCAGCCUCAAUACCACCAACCACUGCAGCCCGAGAGAGCCCGGGACCAGAGCAACGCCAACGCCGCCAACACCAUCAACAUGGAGAGGCGGAGGCAGCAGGAGGACGAGCGGACGCGGCGAGACAGCUGGGAACGCGAACGAGCGGCCGCGGCGGACAGGGGCCGGGGCCGGGGCGGAGAUGAUGGAGGAGACGAUCGCGAUGACCGACGAGAUCGAGGAGGAGGUGGACGAGGAGGAGACGGUCGAGGAGGUGGAAGAGGAGGAGGCGAUGGGCGGCCGCGAGGCGGGGCGAGAGGCGGCGGCGGCGGAUCAGGAAAUGGGGGUCGGGGAGGACAACCACCUGCGGCCAGUCCGCGACGCACCUAUCACAUCUCCGAGAUGUUGUGA